GUUGGCGCCACCAUGCGUCGAACGUUCGAAACUAAAAAGUUCAUCCCAUCGUGUAGGAGACGCACAGAGCACAGACGCACUUGCCAAUAGUGUUGUGUCCAACGUUGUAUACAGCGUUGUUGGAAGCAUCGUGUGGGACCCGCAUGAGACUGUUUCGUGUGGUGGUGGUGUGGUGACGGAGUCUGAAGGUCAUGUUUACAAAUAAAACAUUUUCAAUUUCUCAAAGUACCUUCGACGUUUGUUCGGGAAUUCCUUGAAAAUCUUGAGGCAUAAUGGAAACUCCUGUAGAUAAUAGCAAGCCAGAUGAGCAGCCACAGAAGGAAAAUAGUAAAUCUGAUGCGGCUUUCAAGAAACCUGUUUUAAUAGGGAAAAUAGGACGUUUGCCCAAAAAAGUUUUCCAGGAUGGGAAAUCAAACGAGGGACAAUCCCGAAAUGUAAAUACGACUUCUGAAGUAAAAUUUGAAACAGCUGCAACUAAUACUCCAACAGGUCAGAAAGCCUAUCCUCCUUCCACUAAACUGGCUUUAGAAAUUGAAGUGCCACUACUAUAUAAAGAGCCAAGUUGGGGAGGUAUGCCAAAAACAAUGGAAAAUGAUUAUGUCUUGGAGGUUCUGAAAGAAGGGUCAAUUAUAGAAACUAUUAAUUUAAUGAACAGGUCAUACUGGGUCUUUGGAAGAUUGAAUGCAUGCAAUAUUGUCAUGCAACACCCAACUAUAUCGAGGUAUACAUCUUUUUUUUAUGAUAGAUAUUACCUAAGACUCCCUCUCAAAAAAGAAAGUGAAAGUGCAAAUCAAUAAAGCUAAUAAUAACGGUGACAUUGUUCUGAAGUGCGAGAACCAACGGUCGUUAGAAAUAAUUAAGAAAUCGAUGGAAACUAAUUUGUCAGGCAAUUGCUCUGUUCAACUGCCAAAAAAGCGAAAUCCUCGAAUUAGAGUGAUAGGUGUUAACAAAGAUCAGUAUGAUGUUGAUUCUCAAGUUCUUAAAAGCAAAAUUGUGAAUCAAAAUAGCAGGCUCGUCAGCCAUGCUGAUACUGUCCUUAAUAUAGUAUAUGUUUCCAAUUAAAGAUAUCAUGCUGUGUUACAAUUUAGAGCAGAGGAGACAGAUGCUGAACCAUCUGGUUUCUACAUGUUUGAUUUAGGCAGUACACAUGGUACAUUUUUGAACAAAAACAAACUAAAGCCAAAAGCUUAUACACGGAUUCAGGUUGGUCAUAUGCUUAAAUUAGGGUGCAGUACGAGAACCUAUAUCCUUAGUGGUCCAGAAUAUGAUGAGGAGGAUGAAUCAGAGUUGACAGUGACAGAACUAAAACAGAAAAGAGCUGAACAGAUACAGAGGUUUGAGGAAGAGAAAUUGAGAAGACAGCAGGAAGAAGAAGAAAGAGAACGAAAAGAGGAGGAAAAGGGAAUCGAUUGGGGAUUAGGUGAAGACGCGGACGAAGCCUCAGACCUAAGUGUCAAUCCGUACGCUCAGACAGCCAAUGAGGAACUUUACAUAGCCGAUCCCAAGAAAGCUCUGCGAGGAUUUUUCGAGCGUGAAGGUUUGGAGUUAACUUAUGAUUGCAAAGAACAUGGCAUGGGACAAUUUCACUGCACAGUGGAACUACCAUUGGAUGAUGACAUGGGUAGGCCUGUUGUUGCAGAGGUUAUUCACAAGGGAAAAAAGAAAGAAGCAGUAAUACAAUGUGCCUUGGAAGCGUGUAGGAUCCUCGAUAGUCAUGGCGUGUUGAGGCAGGCAACACAUGAAUCUCGUAAAAGAAAAGCGAAAAACUGGGAGGAAAAUGACUAUUAUGACAGUGAUGAGGAUAUUUUCCUUGACCGAACAGGCACAAUCGAGAAGAAACGGGAAAAGAGGAUGAAUGCUAAAGCAUCACCAAAAGCAGAAACCUACGACAGUUUGCUUGAAAAGGAAAAAUCUAUCUCCUCCUCAAUAUCGGACAUAGAGAAGCAACUCGUUUCAAUACAAACAAAUUCCUUUUCUGAAUCAACAGAACCUUCAGAAGAAGAUUCGCUGGACACUUUCAUGAAGGGGUUGUCAGCCAGUAAACCUAACAAAUUAGAAAUAAACAAGUUGAAGCGUGAACUGUUGAGAUUGAAAUCGGAACAUGCCAAAGUUAUAAGAUUAGUGAAUAUUGCUAGACCUGCAGAAUUACCACCAUUGAUAGCUAAAUAUGACACGAUACAGAAGGAGGUGGUGGUAAAAACUAAAAGUAUGCCAAUGAUUGGAAAGAGGAAAAAAAUAAAAGUACAGGUGCCUACAAAAUCUAACGAGGUUUGUGUUGCUAAUGAUUUGGAUGAUGAAGAAGAGGAAGGUGAGGACGACAAUAAGAGAGAUGGCCAGGAUACACAAGAAAAAGGAGAACUGGAAAUAUCACUUGGAGGAACAGAGUCGGAUGAAACGAAACCGAAUAACCAAGAGCAUGACGUCAGUUUUCAGGAUCAGACUAAAAAUCCUCCAGAUACCUCCUCAACUUUAAAAGAUUUGCAAAAACAACAAAAACCUAGAGCUCUUAGUCCAUCUUCAGAUUCAGACGAUGAUAAAAAUCCUUCAAGAUUUAGUGUAAAUAAGUUGGAGAACCUAGUCAAGAAAGGUCUGCCACCAUUUGCAGAAAAACAUAAGACGACCUUGGAAAAAAUCGUGGCAACAUUCAAUUCAAUAAUUACAAGCAAUGACAAAAUGCACUUGGACAUCAAAAAUUUGACGGUUAAGAAAAAGAGAGUAACGAAAUUGUUGUCAGAUUUAAAACAUUCAAAAUCUAACGAAAAAAUGGAUCAAGAUGUGUCCAUGCAACUGAACAACAUCCUUAACGAUCUAAAGUCGAUUUGCAAACAGGAAUCCACCGUUUCGGAGAAUAUGAAGAUAAUUCCCGAUGCUGUGAAUAAAGAUGCGAAAGUUACUAGCGACGUGAAACCCUUUAAGCUGAAAAGUAGGUCGCUGCCACAGCAACAGAUGGAAGAAGAAAUCAGUUCUGACGAAGGAGGUACAAAUGAUGGAAAGAGGAAGAAGCGAAAUCAAAGGAGGAUACAACAAAGGCAGAUGAAAGCUGACAAAGAGAAAGAGAAAGGAUAUAAUGAGGAUGCUCAGAAAGAGGACUAUAAUAUGUGGGUGCCUCCUACUGAUCAAAGUGGUGAUGGAAGAACCCAUUUGAAUGUUAAGUUUGGAUAUUAGGCGGUUAGAACAGUGUUUUAUGUAUAAGAGAUUUUAUUGUGGAACUUUAACAAUCCAUCAUAAAAUAAAUCUUUAUGAACUUUU